AUAUCCAUCAAUCAUCACUGAUCAAUUUGUAGUCAAGGUUGCCAUGUUUAUUUUGACCAGAAAUGUGCUUAUGACUCUGCCCAUCCCCACCCUCUCAGCACAACUCCGUUAUUGUGGAAGAAAUGUCAUUGAGAACUGCAUCUGUGCCAAUAUGUCUGUUUCCAGACUCUCCUGUGAUGAUGUCACCAUCAAUCACCUUUACCAAUUAGCUGCAGGCUGGACUCUGCUAGGAUCUGACCUUGUCCUUAUCUUCCUCUCCUACACCCUCAUUCUGCGAGCUGUGCUGAGACUCAAGGUGGAGGGGGCUGUGGCAAAGGCCCUAAGCACAUGUGGCUCCCACUUCAUCCUUAUACUCUUCAGCACCAUCCUUCUGGUUUUUGUCCUCACACAUGUGGCUAAGAAGAAAGUCUCCCCUGAUGUGCCAGUCUUGCUCAAUGUUCUCCACCAUGUCAUUCCUGCAGCCCUUAACCCCAUCGUUUAUGGGGUAAGAACCCAAGAGAUUAAGAAGGGAAUGCAGAGGUUGUUGAAGAAAGGGUGCUAA